CGCAAAUGCGACGUGCAAGUUGCAAUACCAACAGCAACACCAUCACCUCCGAAUCCGAUCCCUCACACGCCCACACCACCUUGGUGGUGGGUCUUGGUUCAUGCUGCCCACUCCGGCACUCCUCUUCUCAUGACAAGCGCGCUGCCGCACAUGUCUGAGCUCCCGGACGGCGGCGCCGGCGGAAAUGGCCAAGACGAAGCCGCCGCCUUCGCCUCGCCGGCCAAGCGCCUCCGUAGGUCGCCGGCGCUCGAGCCCACCUCCGUGCUCUACAACCGCAGCCCGAGCCCGCCCACAUCCUCCUCCCUGGUCUCCUCCGCCGCGCCCGAGCCGCCCCCCAUCAGCGCCGAGGAUUGGGAGGCCGUCCUCUCCGGCGGCGACAUGGCCGCGCCACCAGCCGCCGCGCGGUCUCAAGACGCCUCUUUCCUCCGCUGGAUCAUGGACGCCGACGCCCAAGUCGACGCCUUCGAUCCCUUCCUGCCUUGCCAAGAGACCGCCGUCGUCGAGCCCUUCUUGCAGCCGCAGCUCCCGCUCCCCGUGGCCGACGACCUCGAGCCAGGGGCGACGGUUGACGAGCUCCUCGAGGCGGUGCGCCGCGCCGACGCCGGGGACUCCACUGGCGCGCGCGAGAUAUUGGCGCGGCUCAAUCACCGGCUCCCCUCACCGCCGGGGCACCCGCACCCUCCUAUCCUCCGCGCCGCGGCUCACCUCCGGGACGCGCUCCUGCGCGUCCUCGUCACGUCCGCGCCCGCACCCGCCGCCGUCUCGACGACCCCGCUCGACGUCGCGCUCAAGGUAGCCGCGCACAGGGCCCUGGCGGACGCGUCACCGACCGUCCAGUUCGCCAACUUCACGUCCACGCAGGCGCUCCUCGACGCGCUCGGCACCGCGCGCCGCGUGCACGUCGUCGACUUGGACGUCGGCUUCGGCGGCCGGUGGGCGCCGCUCAUGCAGGAGCUCGCGCUCCAGUGGCGCCGAGCACCCGUCUCGCCGCUGCCGCCGCCGUGCUUGAAGGUGACGGCCUUGGUCUCGCCAGGGUCAUCAGCGCACCCCUUGGAGCUCCACCUCACGCACCAGGGCCUGACGCGCUUCGCCGCCGACCUCGGCAUCUCGUUCGAGUUCAACGCCGUCGCGUUCGACCCCUUGGACCCGUUGCCCCCCACGGGGCUGUCCGUCGCGCCCGGCGAUGCCGUCGCCGUUCACCUCUCCGUCGGCUCCGGGGUCCCGUCGGCAGCUACUCUCCGCGUCGUGAAGCAGCUCCGCCCUGCCGUCGUGGUGUGCGUCGACCACGGAUGCCACCGCGGCGACCUGCCGCUGUCGCACCACGCGCUGAGCGUCGUGCGCUCCAGCGCGGCGUUCCUCGAGUCGCUGGACGCGGCCGGGGCGCCGGCGGACGCGGUGGCGAGGCUGGAGGAGUACGUCGUGCGUCCCAGGGUGGAGCGCCUGUUGCUAGGCGACAGGAUGCCUCCAUGGCGGACCAUGCUUGACUCCGCCGGAUUCGCGCCGGUGCAGCUCAGCAACGCCGCCGAGGCACAGGCCGAAUGCCUCGUCAGGCGCACGCCCACGCCGGGCUUCCAUGUGGAGAAGCGGCAGGCGGCGCUCGCGUUGCGGUGGCAGGACUCGGAGCUGGUGAUGGUGUCGGCGUGGCGGUGCUGAAUCGGGGCACUGGGACAGUUCCUGUAAAGAUUGAACCUUUUUCUGUUCUCAUGUGCAGUAAAAUUAGCUAGUAACUUGUUGUCAAGCUGUUUAUUUUACAAUUUUAGUUGCGAUGAUGUAGCAAUUGGGAGCAUGUGAAUUUUCAUCAUCUGUG